AUAAAAUAUGAAAAUUUAGAAACUUCUUCGAAUGUUCUCGAAUUUUGCUAAUUCUCGUUCUUUUUCCGGUGGACUUCAACGCGUGAGGACCAAAAGUUAAAUUUUUUCCGUUCAGUGAAAAGCCCUGAUGUAAAGAUCGUGUCGCAAUACAGUAUGCUAAUUAUGUAUUGUACAUAAAUGACAGAGAACAAAUUCCAUUCCUGCCUUUAUUAGAAUUCUUUAUAUUUUUUAUAACAAACACGUACGUUUAAUAACUUGGACUGAUAUAGUAUUGGCUUCGUCAACUAAAAUUUUUUACGAUGUUUUCAUGUCAUUCUUGUGAUUUAAGUUUUAAAUAUAUAAGAGAAUAUAAUAAACACCAAAGAAAACAUGCCUUCGAUGCUAAUUUGGAAAUUUUGUGUGCUUAUUCGGGAUGUACAAAAAAGUUCAAUACCUAUGGUUCUUUUAAUGUACACAUUUUUAGAAAUCAUAGGUAUAUAAGUCAAAAUGUUCAGUAUUCUUGCAAACAAAGAAUGUGUAAUUUUCAAUGCAAUGAUUUGAAAAUACUAAAAAAUCAUUUGUAUGCACAUUUUAAAAAAUCCAAUACAGGUGUAUUCUGCUCAAUUCCAAAUUGUCCUAUUGCAAACAAAAAAUUUUUGUCCUCUAACUCUUUACGCAUUCACAUUAGCAGAAUUCAUCGUAAUUGUGAUGAUUUAAUUGUGACAAAUUUAAAUAGCAAUCUUUGUAACACAGAAAGUAAUAUUGCAUUAGAAAAUUCAAUUUUACAAUCACCGAAUGAAAAUGACAGUAAUAUUGUACUAAAUAAUCCACCUCAGCUUAAAAAUGAUAACUACCCUACGUAUUCACAAAAUAAUAUUGACUUUGAUUCUAAUAAUUCUGCUAGUGUAAAUAGGUUUGCUCAGCUUUAUUUAGAUUUGUCUGUAAAUCAUAAUGCAACAGAAGCUGUAUUACAACCACUCAUUGAAGGCAUAUUUUCUGAAAUUGAAAGAUCUUCAAACAAUUUUUUGAAUUCUAAUUUUAAUAGUGACUUAUCUGAUAAUGACAAAGAAAAAGUUGCAAACAUUUUCAACAAUAGUUUUUCGCCUAUUUUCGAAGCCCACAGUACUACAACUGGCUUAUUAAGAACAACUUUUUGUAGAAAUAAAUAUUAUGACAAAAAUUUUAAAUACGUUGAACCCGUGCAGUUGUCUUUUCCAGUUUCCGAAAACGAAAAAGAAUGUUAUUAUCAAUACGUCCCAAUUUUGUCAACAAUAAAAUUGUUAUUGGAAAAUAAGGAUGUUCUCAAUCAUGUUUUACACCCUCAGUUAAAUGAACAAGAAGGCUUUUUUGAUUUUACUGACGGCAAUGCUACGAAGAAUAAUGAUUUUUUCAUGCAUAAUGUAAACAAUUUGAAAAUUUUAUUAUAUCAGGAUGCUUUCGAAAUUUGUAACCCGAUAGGGUCUUCAAGAGGUAAAAAUAAAGUAGUAGGAGUUUAUAUGAUACUAGGCAAUUUACCACCUUAUUUGAGAUCUAAAACAAAUAAUGUCCGUCUCGUAUUAUUGUGUCUUGAAAAAGAUCUCAAACGAUUUGGUUGGGAUAUAUUUUUUAAACAGCUAAUAGAGGAUUUAAAAAUGUUAGAAACUGUUGGGGUUAAAAUGUUAGUAGGGGACCAGGAAAUGUUAUUUAAGGGAACCAUUGCUUUUGUCUACGGUGACAACUUGGGUAGUAAUGGCCUUGGAGAAUUUACUGAAAAUUUCAGUAAAUCCAAUUAUUUUUGCCGUUUUUGCGAAAUAGAUAGAAGUCAAUUUUCAAAGAACCAAUGGUCCAAUAUUCCGUUUAGAACUCCUGAUAAUUAUGACAAAUGUGCUAGUGAAGCCAUUAAAACAAAUUCUAUGGUUAAAGGAAUAAAAAAAAAUUCUUGUUUAAAUAAACUAAAUAACUUUCAUGUUUGUCGCCCUGGCUUGCCACCAUGCCUUGCACAUGACCUUUUUGAAGGCAUUAUACCGCGAGAUUUAAUGUAUAUCAUUAAAUAUUUUUUAAAGAAGAAAUGGUUUCGAAUUCAUUUUUUAAAUUGCAGGCUUCGAAAUAUUAGGUUGUCAACUGACAAUAGUUCGACAAAGUCCGUUCUUCCUGUUAUUAAAAAAAAUUACCCAAAGUUAUGUGGCACAGCUAGCGAGAUAAAACGACUAAUAUUAAUACUUCCUUUAGCAAUUUUUGACAAAAUAAAAAAUGAAGCAGAUCAAGUGUGGCAAAUGGUUUUAAGUUUAAGAGAGGUAUGCACUUUAAUUUGCGCGCCUGCUUUGUCUUCCGGGCAAAUCACUUUAAUUAAUUCCAAAAUUGAAGACUAUUUAAGCCUCAGAUUAGCUUGUUUCCCAAGAAUAAAAUUACAACCGAAACAUCAUAUUGUUUCACAUUAUCCGGAUUUAACUUUAGAAUUUGGACCACUUAAACAUGUACAAACACUAAGAUUAGAGAGUGUGCACCAAGUUUUUAAAAAUUCUGCUAGACAUUGUCGCAAUUUUCGCAAUGUUACUAAAACUUUGGCUACUAAACGUCAAAAAAUGCAAGGUUUAAACAACGAUUUCUCUAAUGCAGUCAUCUCUUAUAAUUGUUCACCUUAUGUAGCAGAAAAUCAUUAUGUAAAUAUUAAUGUUUUAAUUCAAAACACUUUUUCUAAAGAUUCGAUUGAAGGACUAAAAUUCUCUUCUGAAGUGGAUUAUCGUGGUAUUAAGUAUUUGCGAAAUAUGUCAGUCUGUGUAGGGAAAAGUACUUUUGGAAACUUCGUUAUAUGCAGAAUUGAAAUUAUUGUAAUCAACAGUGAUAAUUCAAAUAUUUAUUUCAUUGGACGUAUAAAAGAAAUUAUUCCAAACACUAAAUUAGGUGUUUAUGAGACACUUUCUUAUAACGAGACACUUUCCUGCGACGAAACAUCACAAGACCCGUUAAAAAUUUUUCCAUUCUCCUCAUUAUUAUCCCCUGAUCCAAUCGGAGAAAUUGUUCUCUCCUCGUCAUUGUAUUAUUUACCGAAAUAUUCACCUUUCGAUCCCGACUUAUGAAGGACAAUAAUAUAUGCCAGUCUUCAAAGUGUGGUCGGCCGAUCGAAAAAAACGGGUUUGCGUAAUUUGCCAACCAACAUUGGAGAACUUUAUUGCAUGCGCAAAUUUGAAAUUGGGCUUUGAUGGAGAAAGUCUUUGUCUUGAAACGGAUGGAACACUGAUUGACAGCGAUGAAAUUUUAGAACAUUUUCAAAAAGAAGUUUUUAUCUUAUUAAAAGAGAAUGAAAAUUGGACAGAAGUUAAUUCAGCAAGUGCUUCUUCUUCUAUGAAUGAAAAUGGAAUACCAGGACCAGUUCAGGAAACAGAAAGGUUGCCAGGCAAUGAUGAACCAAAUCAGCAGUUUCUUCCACAUGAUCAUGUACCAAGGGUUGAUCCGAAUCCACUAUUACUCAGAAACAUAAAUAUUUGGCAUAAUUACCAAUAUGAUUGGACAAAUUUAGAUCGAAAUUACAUAGAAAAAUUGGAACAAGGACAAUCACAAAAUGAAAUUAAGAAAGAAGUUAUACAUAAAGUCAUUCUUCAAAUGCAUAAUAUUAAUAAAUUUAUUCCAUGUGCAGUAUUUCGUACUGUUGCAAAAGAAAUUGUUGCAAAAUAUCCUGAGAGUUUCGAAGACAGAAAAAAUAAUAUAAAAUUUGGAAAUGGUUUUACUAGUGUCUACAGCAGCCUUCUAAAUCAUCAUAACUACUUAAUAAGUAUUUCAAAGAGAAGCAACACCACAAGACCGAGGAGAAAUUCAAAAGCCUUAAAAUUUCUUAGUCAAGCCAAAUUAGGAGCCACUAAUUGGGAGUUGAAUGAGCACCCUGAAGGAGAAACUGAGGGAACGAUUUCCGAAAGAAAAACAAUGUUACAUGAAUCAUAUUCUACAUUCAAUAGGACAGAAAUUUCUCCUGAUGAACACGCAGAAAAUUUAGAGAAUAUUACCAAAACAUUUAAAGCUCAACGUGACUUUUUUAAUGAUUUUGAAAAAUUGCCAGAUAUAGAAUCAUUAGCAAACAAUUGGCCAAUUUUGUCUAUACACGAGUAUCUUUUCCAUCAUUACGCGCUUCAAAUGGGUCAUUCAAUUGAACAGCUUAAAAAUGGAUUUAUUAAUGACAAAGCUACAAUUUUCGCAUAUGGAAAAGCUUUCAAUUUAACGCAAGCAGAAACAGCAGAUGAUAGUUUUGAAAUUAUUAAAAUAAUUUUUUACUAUUUCAAAGAAAGUGUACAAACUUUGAUUUCAGUUUGUCCUCCCGGAGAAGACUGGAAAAAUGUUGCAACCGCAUCGAGUGGACCCUUUAUAGUCAUUGUAGAAAAUGACAAUAUUCUUAUCUAUCAAUUGAUGUACGAUAAUCUACAUGUAGAUUUUACUCUCGAUUUUGAAGAAGCUGUAAUGUGGCUCUAUGCCACUUUCUUCGUUUGGAACAGAACGUACCCUUCCGGCGCCGCUUGCACUCUAGAAUUUCUUCAACGGUAUUGCUUGAACUUAAAUCCGGAAUCUGGAAGCAAAUCUACGAAUAGAGUUGCUGUCCUUUCAAAAGUCAACACUUUUUACAAUAAGUUAAAAAAUUCUGCAUCGACCCUGAAGAAUAAAGUAUACAUUUUCCAAUAAUUCUACUAUGAUAUAAGUGUUGUCUACAAUCAUUCUACUGUGAUAAAAGUGUUGUAUGUUUAUAAAAGUUUAUAAUUUUCAUUGCAUAAUUUACUUUUUAAAAAAAAGAUUGAAUAUUGUUUUAAAAAAAUUUGUUAAUCUAAAUUUUAAAUGAUUGAUGUAUCAUACUUCUCUUCUCUGCAUGAAACUGUUCAUUUACAUUUUCAGAAAAAGUAUUUACAAACAAUAUGUUCAACUACGUUUACUAAUAAGUACUGUUAAAUUAUAAUUUCCAGAUAGUCUCAAAUGAAAUUAUAAAAAAUUAUCUACUGAUUGAAAUUUAAUUUCUAAAGCUGUUAAAUUGUAAAAAGUCAGUAAAUAAUUAAUUUAAAAUUUAAGCUAAUAACUAUCUUUAAAAUCUAAAAAUAUAAUUUAUUCGAAAAGCAUUAUAUCCAAAAGAAAUUGUCAACAGACGUUUAAAUUGCUUUAUUGUAGCGUUUUAUUGUAGAGUCUGCGUUUUGAAAAAAGUCUGAUAUUUGUUUAAAAAAAUUAAGGAAUCUAAAUUUUAAAUGUCUGAUGUAUCAUACUUCUCGUUUCUACAUAAGUCUCUACAUUACGAAGUUAAAGUUCACAACGUUGAUUAACGAACAAAAUUUAUUUAAUACAUUGAAAUAUUAUUUUUAAUUGAAAUUUAAUUGUAAAAUUAUAAUUAUUAUUGUAAAUAUUUUUGUGCAAUUUACUUAGUGAACAAUUUUUUUCGUUCAUCAACGUUGUGGACUUUAACUUGAUGAUCAUUAACAUUUUCAGAAAAAGUGAUACAAUAUGUUCAACUACGUUUAUUAAUAAGUACUGUUAAAUUAUAAUUUACAGAUAGUCUCAAAUGAAAUUUAAAAAAGUUAUCUACUGAUUGAAAUUUAAUUUCUAAAGCUGUUGAAUUGUAAAAAGUAGGUAAAUAAUUAAUUUAAAUUUUAAGCAAAUAACUAUCUUUAAAAUCUAAAAAUAAAAUUUAUUCGAAAAGCAUUAUAUCCAAAAGAAAUUGUCAACAGACGUUUAAAUUGCUUUAUUGUAGCGUUUUAUUGUAGAGUCUGCGUUUUGAAAAAAGUCUGAUAUUUGUUUAAAAAAAUUAAGGAAUCUAAAUUUUAAAUGUCUGAUGUAUCAUACUUCUCGUUUCUACAUAAGUCUCUACAUUACGAAGUUAAAGUUCACAACGUUGAUUAACGAACAAAAUUUAUUUAAUACAUUGAAAUAUUAUUUUUAAUUGAAAUUUAAUUGUAAAAUUAUAAUUAUUAUUGUAAAUAUUUUUGUGCAAUUUACUUAGUGAACAAUUUUUUUCGUUCAUCAACGUUGUGGACUUUAACUUGAUGAUCAUUAACAUUUUCAGAAAAAGUGAUACAAUAUGUUCAACUACGUUUAUUAAUAAGUACUGUUAAAUUAUAAUUUACAGAUAGUCUCAAAUGAAAUUUAAAAAAGUUAUCUACUGAUUGAAAUUUAAUUUCUAAAGCUGUUGAAUUGUAAAAAGUAGGUAAAUAAUUAAUUUAAAUUUUAAGCAAAUAACUAUCUUUAAAAUCUAAAAAUAAAAUUUAUUCGAAAAGCAUUAUUUCCAAAAGAAAUUGUCAACAGACGUUUAAAUUGCUUUAUUGUAGCGUUUUAUUGUAGAGUCUGCGUUUUGAAAAAAGUCUGAUAUUUGUUUAAAAAAAUUAAGGAAUCUAAAUUUUAAAUGUCUGAUGUAUCAUACUUCUCGUUUCUACAUAAGUCUCUACAUUACGAAGUUAAAGUUCACAACGUUGAUUAACGAACAAAAUUUAUUUAAUACAUUGAAAUAUUAUUUUUAAUUGAAAUUUAAUUGUAAAAUUAUAAUUAUUAUUGUAAAUAUUUUUGUGCAAUUUACUUAGUGAACAAUUUUUUUCGUUCAUCAACGUUGUGGACUUCAACUUGAUGAUCAUUAACAUUUUCAGAAAAAGUGAUACAAUAUGUUCAACUACGUUUAUUAAUAAGUACUGUUAAAUUAUAAUUUCCAGAUUACGUUCAUGUAAAUUUUCAAUUAAUUAAUUAAUUAAUAAAAUAGAAAAUAAAAGAAAACCUUGUUUAUUGAAUAUUUAAAAAAAUUAUUUUUUUGAAACUUUAAAUUUCCCGCUUGAUAUAUGCCAAAAAUGCUUAGCAUUAUGCGCAUGCGCUAUUAUUCAAUACAUUUUUUACACACUUUCAGUAAAUUUCAAUGAAUUUUUGACAAUUACAGUUGCAAAUUAAUUUUCAACAACUCUGUGUGGAGAAUUCAUAAAGAAUUGGAAUUUUACAUAUUUGAAGCAAAUUUCAUACGACGGUCCGUUGUAAUUUUAUGUCAAUCGU